GUUUGACCACUCCUCUCGCGAGAUCUCGUUUGCUGCUGCGUUGUCCACCGGAAAGUACCCGUGGGACGUUAGGUUUAAGACUCCUCGGCUAAGACAUCCUUUAUAAUAUAUCUCUGCUGACAAGAAAAACAUUUCAGAAGGCUUAUAGUAUCGAGAUUAAAACCACACACUGAGGUUUCAAAACAUCAUCUGAAUCAUGGGAAACAUUUUUGGGAACUUGCUGAAGAGCCUCAUAGGAAAGAAGGAGAUGAGGAUCUUGAUGGUGGGCCUUGAUGCUGCAGGAAAAACAACAAUCCUGUACAAGCUCAAACUGGGGGAAAUAGUCACCACAAUCCCAACCAUUGGGUUUAACGUUGAGACAGUGGAGUACAAGAACAUCAGCUUUACAGUGUGGGAUGUGGGUGGGCAGGACAAGAUUCGCCCUCUCUGGAGACACUACUUUCAAAACACACAGGGUCUGAUCUUUGUUGUGGACAGUAACGACAGAGAGCGUGUGAAUGAAGCACGAGAAGAGCUGAUGAGGAUGCUGGCUGAGGACGAACUGAGAGAUGCAGUCCUUCUUGUGUUUGCAAAUAAACAGGACUUGCCGAACGCCAUGAACGCCGCAGAGAUCACAGACAAGUUGGGCUUACACUCCCUGCGUCAUCGUAACUGGUACAUCCAGGCCACCUGCGCCACCAGCGGCGAUGGCCUCUACGAGGGUCUUGAUUGGCUGGCCAAUCAACUGAAGAACAAGAAAUGAGACGGAAAACUGGAACUAGCAGCCACACUGUUCCAACUUUUUAUUUGUUUUGGGAACUGGGGUGUUAGUAUGGUACAUGGGUUUUGAUUGAUGGGUGAAAUGCAAAAUUCUGGGUUUGGGAUGGCUUUCAUUUUGAAUAGUUUUCUGCUUAUUGAAAACAGAUCUACUUCAUAUUUAAUCACUAACAUACACAAACAUACACAAAUGCACACUAGCCAUAAGCAAUCACAGCAGACACGUGCUUUUCCUGUGUCCACCUCUUGUCUUUAGAUGAAAUGAAAUGUACUGUAUGUUAGUCUUUAGGUGCUCUACCAAGUCUUAUUUGACCCCACCAAGUCAGCAUUGAGUUGAGUUAAACUUAAUGUUGAUAGUUGUUUUUCACGUGUCAGUUGUGCUCACAAAGAACUGUUCUGUGUCAGUUUUACCUCCUGUUUGUUUGUAUAUUUCCUUUAUUUCGGGGUAACAGAGCCAUGUUUGAGAACAAUCACAGCAGACAGAUUACUGUCAUUUCACAAGUUAAACUUGUCCUUUUGUUUGUGAGCAACACUGAGGCACUUUGAUUCUCUGAUGGUGUGUACACACAGUAUGUGUAGUUGUGUGUGAAGAUACCCAGUAUGCAGAAUCAUAAAGAUAAAACCACUUUAGCAACAGCCUCUUUGAACAAAACAUUUGCUGUACCAUCAGUGUGAACAGAGAGCUGAGAACAACAAACCAACAGGAAGUUUAUUAGUUUACAAGUUUGGAACUCAGUAUGUAUAAUCAACUACCCAGCAAAAUGUAUCUUAAAGGUCUUACUUUCAUAUUUGAUUAGCAUCCUUCCAUACAUAUGUAGUACUGUUAGAUCUAAACUUACUGUUGUCAUCUUGUUUGGAUGCUGGGCAAAAACCAACCCAACUAAUCAAUUUCUUUAAAAGUUUGAAAGGACAAACUGCACACAUGACCUGCACAACUGCUGCUCCACUUUGUGCAUCCACUUGAGUACUCAAAGUGCAUCCGUUUGCUCUCCUUUUGUGUAUUUUUGUAUCAGACUCUCAUAUCUGGUAGUGGAUGAUUGUGUUGCUUAAUACUCUGUGUUACUGAAUGUGAAUAUUGUUUAUGGGUCUCUAUGUAGCUGUAAUGAUUUUUAUUUGACCUUUAUUUCAGUGGUUUGUCAACAUUAUGAUGUGAAAGAAAGCAGGUUCAUACAUCAGCACAUCCACAACUCACUUCUGAACAGCAGACGAGCCACUUGAGUCUCCACUGAUACCAGCAGAAUCCAACCACCCCGGUCAAUAAGACUAUUUCUUUGUGCCAUAUAUGAGUAAUAAUACGUGAAUACCAGUACAGUACAAUAUACAGUAAGUAAACUCCUCAGCGUGAUGAGCGCAUUGUUCAUAUUCAGCAGCUAUCAUAUGUUAUUCAUGAGUGUGGUCUUUUGGGUUUUGUGGCCUUAUAUUUAGUGAUGACUUCACUGUUUUUGUUUGAUGAUUAUGAGUCACAUAUAUUUAUAAAUAAAGAAUGAUUUACAGAUUUAUUUCUCUAUGCCCUCCAGAGGCCAGGUUUGCACCACAGUUCAGGAAGUUUAGGCAAAGGUUAAGGCCUUUUUGUUUAGCCAGAAUACUUGAUUCAUAGUUGGUGGUAUAUUUCUUUGGUUUUCUUUGGGAUGUAAAGAAGCUUUGAUGUAGACUGUAUCUGUGAAACAAUGAUCAACCAUGUAAUGAGAAAAAAAAUACUUCUGAUGAUUCAUUAUGUACCGUUAUAGUUACACACGUAGAUUUAAAACGAUUCCAUGUUUCCGUGCUGAGCGCAAGGAGACAUCUGUAUGUGAUGUAAGACAACAAACAAAAUCCUGCUGUAUUACAAAUAAACUCAUUUUCU